AUGCUAACUCAGCCGCUUCCAUAUCGGUGGCGGCCAUUGGGGGCACAUUCACCAGGAUGGGCUUGUCGGACCGCUUCACACCCUUUCCGCGCCAAUCCCCCAGCCCUGAAGGGGAGCCGCGAACCUUUGCACGCUUCAAAACUGCUUCAGGCGUCUCCUGCUGCAGCAGUCUCUUCCCAGCCUCCCGUGGCACGGGUACUGCACCACCCUCGGCCGCACUGGGGGAAUCAGCGUCUAAGCGAAUGGGCGAAGCUGCUGGCGGGUCAGUUGAAGCGACCGUCGCGGAAGAAGAGGCAGCUCCCGCCCGAGCGGCCUUGA